AUGCCUGCUGCGGCAAUCGACGCCGUCGCCACCGUUGCUGCUGGCCUGUUUUACACGCAGUCUCUGCUGCCGCUCUGGCUCUUCAACCUCCGCGUCAAUGGCCGGUGGGACGGGCUCGUCCUCAUCUUUUCGACCGACGAGACCGCCGCCAGAAGAGCCGAGUACGUCAGCCUCAAGACGCGCAUCUUCGACAUGGUGCCCGCGGAGUUCGACUGGGUCGAGCGGCUCCUCGUGCUCGACACGGACAUAAUGGCCACCCGCCGUUUGCGUGCAUUCCUCAGCGGCGUGGCGGGCGGAGUGAUGGAGGUGGCGUGGCCGCGGAGCGGGCGGUGCGACCCGCGGGUGGAGGUGGUGGUGCCCGCCGAGCGGCCCACCCUCCAGGUCGCACGAUGGCUGCGUGGCCCCUUUGCCCUCGGCUCGCCCUCCAACGCCUGGGGCGACCGGAUAGCGACGCACCUCAACACGGCCGUCCAGCUGCAGCACCGGCGCUGCAGCGCGCGCUGCGUCUCCUCACGUCCAUUCGCCGGCGUUGCCAACAGGCACCUCCGCUCCGCUCGGCACGGGGCGCCCGCCGAGUCGUUUCUCAUCGCCCACGCUCUCGCGCGAGCAGCAUCCACGGAGCAGCACGUCGCAGUACCGGCCCGCUGCGUCGACGCGGCUGCCCGGCUGGAGUGGGCCGCAGCCGCCUUCGGCCUCGGCAGCGCUCUGUGGGCGGUCGGCGCCGCCGCAGAACUCUCGGUGAGUGAGCGCGGCAUCUUUGCGCCCACCAUCGCCGUUGGCAUCGGCUUUGGACCGACCGCAUACUUUGCGGGCGUGAAGCACAGCCCAAUGACGGCUUUCGCGGUGAUGGCGGGCCUCUUCUCCACCACCUCGUCCGUUGUCACCGCCAUGCUCGUUGCCGCCGUCCUCGGCUGGCGCGUGACCCCAUCGCGAGCCCAUCCGCUUGCUCGCGGGCGAUACCGGCUCAGCUCGCGCUUGUUCGCACCGCGACCGCUCUACGGCGCGCUCUCCGCGAAGCUCCCCCCGCCGCUGCCGCCCGAGUCGCUCGAGUGUGACCCGCAGGCGCUGCCGCCCCCACACUAUGCGGUCGCGGGCCCCGGCGUUGCACUGAUAUUGUGA